UGGAGCUUAGCGUGCUGUAAUAAAUAAAGAAGCUCAGGAUUCACGCGAGGAUCUUACAGGAGCGCAAAGCGGAGCUCAGGCUUCAGGCCAAUGGAAUUAACUCGGCGCGGUGUGGAGUUCAUACACAAGCCGAACAGACGCCAUGUUUCCCCGGUCUCUUGCUCUCUGUUACAGGCUGUGCUGAACGACCUCAUGAUCCUCACCUAGAUGACUUUUAUGACGCUACGCUAUGGAAGACAGCGCCAGGAGCUGGUCUUCCUUGUAGGAUGGUAGCGCACGGCGCCGUGGAAGACACGUCAGGCACUUCAGCGGAUCGCCGAGCCCCGCACUUGCACUCCGAAAACCGCACGCAUUUCCGCUCGUUCAGGAGUGAGAGCGACUUCAAGACCAUUGUUGAGACCACGUCCAUGCUGGAGGAGAGUGGCUUCUACUGGGGGCCCAUGACAGUCGAGGAGGCCCACCACAAGCUCAAGAAGGAACCUGUGGGAACUUUUCUGAUCCGGGACAGUCAACAGAAGGACGUUUUCUUUACGCUGAGCUACAGGGCGCCUUCGGGUCCUGUCAGCGUUCGGAUACACUUCCAGAGCUCGCGCUUCAGUCUCAUGGGAAGCAAGGAGUCGUUUGAAACGCUCUUCCAGCUACUGGAACACUACUCCAGCUCAGCAAAGAAGAGCCUGCAGCGGCCGUACAGGAAGCAGCGCGUACGAACUCUGCAGGAACUCUGCCGCAAACGGAUUAUAGAAAUGUCCGGAGCGCAGGCUAUCGAUCAACUUCCGGUCAAUCCCGUCGUCAAGGACUUCCUUCGCUCUUUUCCGUAUCGGCUCUGAAGGCUCGGACGCAUUAACGCACCGCUACGGAAAUAUAAUUGCCAUACUUGACGUCUCCAAACAAGCACUUUGUAGCACAUUUUGGAAAGACUUGAACAGAUGGAAGUUUACGUCAUCUUUGAAUGUUUACACUAUCAUCCAGGGGAGUCCGAGUGCUUCCUGUGGUUAUAUUUUUGCUAUGCAAAAGCUAUAUUUCUCUACCAGUAUUUUUAUACUAAUAAUAAUAAAUGUAUUUUUAAACCACUGAAAAACA